AUGGAUAUUGACACGUUUCUUGAUGAACAACAAAAACUUAUAAAUUCUUAUUCAUCAGAGUUUGACGAAAAUGCCUUUAAAAACUUGACUUUAACAGUUGAAGAAAAACAAAUUAUAUUGACUACUUUGGAACUUGAAAUGGAAACGCGUAUUUUAAAGCUCAAACAAAAAGCGGAAGAGUUGUCAGCGAAUCUUCUUUUACGUAGUCAACUCGAGAUCGCCAAGCUUCCAAAGGAAAUCCGACAAUUACCCUUAAGCGAUUUUAUAAAUAUCUAUCAUUCAGACCCUCGAGAAUAUUUUGAAAAACAGGUCGCCAAAAAAGUUAAAGAAUAUGAUGAUCAGUUGACGCCACUUAUGGAAAGCAAGAAAAGAAAAUGGACAUUACAUAAUUUGAGAAGACAAGAUGAUGAAACAGACAUUCUGACGGAAGAUGAAGGGUUACCCAAGAAACGACCAGCCCGAAUACCUAGGAGUCCCAUGCUCAGAAGAAAUAUUAAGGAGGAUACCAAUAUAUUAUCAAGUUCAAUAAUUCGUCAAAAGAGUUCUUUCGCGAAUGGUUCCAUUUUCCAGGUGACAGAAUCUCAGUCAAAAUUUAAUCCAGAGCUUCCUCCAGCGGCCAAAUCAGUAAUGCGAAGAUUAUUACCUGGCGAAAUAAUUUUUUCGAUCAAUGGAUCACCUCUCAUUAAUCCUUUUUCGAAGAACGAUUAA